CCUCUUCUUCACAAAACCAUUUCCUAAAAAUUUCAUUGUCAAGAGAAAAUGGCUUUCAACAAAGCACUGCCCUAUAUUCUCCUCGCCACCAUGCUGAUCGCCGCCGGGCCAACGGCGGCACAGUUGAGCCCAACGUUCUACGACACCACGUGCCCCAACUUAUCCUCCAUUGUAGAAGACGUAGUGCGACAAGCUCUCCAAACCGAUGCCCGAGCAGGCGCCAAACUCAUUCGCUUUCAUUUCCACGAUUGUUUUGUCAAUGGGUGUGAUGGGUCGGUUCUACUAGAAGAUUCAAUUGCAGACGGCAUAGACAGUGAGCAAAAUGCACGAGGAAACGAAGGAAUACAAGGCCAAAAUAUUGUUGCUGACAUCAAAACAGCAGUUGAAAAUGUUUGUCCAAACCUCGUCUCCUGUGCUGAUAUCUUAGCAAUUGCAUCCAAUUCAUCUGUCGUCUUGGCAGGAGGAAGGGGUUGGGAAGUUCAGCUAGGAAGAAGAGACGGCCGAAUAGCAAAUAGAUCAGGAGCGGAAAGUAAUCUUCCAAGUCCUUUUGAACCUCUUGCAAAUCUUACUGCCAAGUUUGCAAAUGUUGCUCUUAAUUCUACUGAUCUUGUUGCUUUAUCUGGAGCACACACGUUCGGUCGUUCAAGAUGUCAAUUUUUUCAGAGACGAUUGAACGACUUUAACAGAACGGGAAUGCCGGAUCCGAGUCUAGACCCAAUCUAUAGAGACGUCCUUUUGGAGGCAUGUCCUCAAGGCGGAGACAACAACCGGGUCAACCUGGACCCGACAACUCCCGACGAGUUCGACAACAACUAUUUCACCAAUCUCCAAGCCAACCGUGGGCUUCUUACCAGCGACCAAGUGCUGUUCUCUCCUCCCGGCGCCGCCACCGCCGGUGACGUGGACCGCUUCGCGGCCAGCCAAGAAGUGUUUUUUGAUGCCUUUGGAGCCUCCAUGAUUAAGAUGGGAAAUAUUAGCCCUUUGACUGCAACUGAUGGGGAGAUUCGUCUCACUUGUUCUAGGAUUAAUCCUUUCCCUACUCUUGCUGAUAUGUAAAUUGUUGAUUUUUUGUUCCCGUUUUUGUGUGUUUUGUUUUUUGGUUUUGUUUGGGGUUUUAAUGAAAUAAUUGUUCUUGUU